AGUCCGGCGGGCUCCGGGCGUCGAGAUGGAGGAAGGCGAGUACGAGUCUGUUCUGUGUGUCAAGCCAGAGGUCCACGUCUACCGCAUCCCGCCGCGGGCCACCAACCGUGGUUACAGGGCUGCGGAAUGGCAGCUGGACCAGCCAUCAUGGAGUGGCCGGCUGCGGAUCACUGCAAAAGGGCAGGUGGCCUACAUCAAGCUGGAGGACAGGACCUCAGGGGAGCUCUUUGCUCAGGCCCCAGUGGAUCAGUUUCCAGGCACAGCUGUGGAGAGCGUGAUGGAUUCCAGCAGGUACUUCGUUAUCCGCAUCGAAGAUGGAAACGGGCGACGGGCGUUUAUUGGAAUUGGCUUCGGGGACCGAGGUGAUGCCUUUGACUUCAAUGUUGCCUUGCAGGACCAUUUCAAGUGGGUGAAACAGCAGUGUGAAUUUGCAAAACAAGCCGAGAACCCAGAUCAAGGUCCCAAAUUGGACCUAAGCUUCAAGGAGGGCCAGACCAUCAAGCUCAACAUUGCAAACAUGAAGAAGAGGGAAGGAGCAGCUGGGACUCCCCGAGCCCGGCCCGCCAGCACAGGAGGACUGAGCCUGCUUCCCCCUCCCCCAGGGGGGAAAACCUCCACCCUGAUCCCUCCCCCUGGGGAGCAGUUGUCUGUGGGGGCGUCCAUCGUCCAGCCAGCAGUUGCUCCCAGUUCAGGAGGUGCCACUGUGUCCUGGCCGCAGCCCAAGCCUGCUGCUACUGCCACCGCCGACAUCUGGGGAGACUUUACCAAAUCCACAGGGUCGACCUCCAGCCAGACUCAGCCAGGCACAGGCUGGGUCCAGUUCUGACCUGAGCGCAACUCUUUCUCCUCAUACAACUUCUGGAAAGGAGCUGCCUCAUCUGGGCGGAAGGAAGGAGGAUGAAGCACUCCCUGGCCAGCCUCUUGUUUGGAGCAUGACUCUCUCCUCUCGUCUUCAUUGCCUGAACUCUCCUGACAGACUGGGCGUGUUAGGCAGUAAAUUGGCACCAUGUCACACUGUUUCCUGGGAUUCGAGUGUGCAGCCAGAACACAGGAGAAGAGUUCCAGGAUCCCUAUCCCUGUCUGUCCUCUUGACAUGAGAGAGACUCUGAGACUUCUUCCAUCACGAAGACUCGUAUUAAACACAAGCCCCUGAAGCAAAAGAAGGGGUCGAGUGUGCUGCCUGGAUUCAGAUCAGCCCUUCUUGGGGGGGGGGGGGUUACAGGUGUCACGUGAUCACUGUCUGGAGGGGGGCUUUCCUCACUCCCAUUGGCUGUAGCCAUUCCAGUCAGGUGCCUUAAGAGGAGGGAUUCCUUCCUGAUUUCUAGCAGGUUAUAGGCUGCAGCUUGAACAGAUAAUCAGGAGGGAAAUCAAGAGUAUUAACCAGACUUUUAAGAUUUUUUUGAUACUUGCUUUGCUGACAUGCUGAUCUGCACUAACUCAUUGUCUUUGCAAAAGGCUUGCUCCCGUAGUCUGCGCCCGCAGGGGCCUCUGAAAGCAUUCCUCACUGUCAGUCGCAGGAGCUGCUCCGAGCCCCAGGAAGCAGUGUUCAUCUCGGCUAUGGGGCCUGGUUUCCGUGUUUGCCAGGCCGGGCAGGCACCGGGCAGGUGCGACAGUGUUUGGGCUGGAAAGUGGCAGCUGUUCUCAUGUAGGUGGGGCUUUGGCCUUCCCGUUCGCUGGCAGCUCUCUGGGCUCACAGUGCAGUUCCUGGCGGACUUGGGUUUCCUCCUGGGUGGUUUCUGAAGUGCCUUGUCUGCAGACAACCUCUUACUUUCUUUUCUCCUUCAGGGACUGUACAUGACAGACAGAAGGAGUUCUGAAGCAACUGGAAGUCUAGGGUUGCCUGGUUUAUAAGAAAUAAUUUUAUCUGAGCACACCUCUAAAAUUGCUUUUAUCGACAUACGUUACCUCUUAAUUGAAAGAUUUCUUUUUUGAAGGGUCAAGAUGAUGAACUGAAAAAAAGUGUUGGCCUCUUUGUGGGACCAGAUUUCUAAGAUAAAAAAUAAAUAUUUCUACUCUGUCA